AUGCUUCUGCGAACACGCUCUACCUACUCUUGCAUCGCAGCCGCUGUCUGGCCGAGAGGUGGACGUCCACUCGUCAGCUUAGUCGUGAUAACUGAGCUGUUUGGUGCUCUCGUCCUCUAUCUCAUAUUACUCGGUCAGUCGGCGGCCAGCCUUCUCUCCCAUCUGCCUGGUCUGGCCGAAUGGCCGCCGGUAGUCUGGACUCUGAUCGUCUGCUAUGUUCAGCUGCCGCUGCUUAUGUGGCCUCGAAUGAAAGUAGUCGCGUGGUUCACGGUGGUCGCAGUCUUCGGCCUCCUGAUCAGCCUUGUCUGCGUCGUCGUCUGUUGCAUGAUGGCUCUUCCUGGCGGAGAGGUGCGCUGGUCCAAUCUGCCGCAGCCGGAGCCGACCAAGUUGCCCGUCAGUUUAGGUAGGGGCUGUAGAGCACUACUUACCAGCACUACUUGCCAACACUACUUUUGGUAUGCAUGA